AAAUAAGCAAAUAAACCAAAUAAAACUUUUGCUUUCUAUAUAAGAAUAAGAACCAAAUAUUCUAAGCAAAAUCCAUUCUUAAAAAUAAUUUUUUAUUUAAAUGCUAACUGAACUGUUCUAUACAGUAAUUUUACUGAUUGGUGUUCUUUUUUAUUUAACAUUUUUAAGGCCACUCUAUAAGUUACUGAUGCUCAAAAUAAAGCAUGGUAAAGAGAUCUUGAUUAAAUUCGAACCUAUUAUUGGAAUACAUGCCUACUUAAAAAAGAGCGAAAAAAUCCAUGGAGAUCCAAUGAAGCUAUUGAAGUUAGAAAUGGCUAAAAACCCUAAAUUAAAAGCAGUGGCAUGCAGUUUGGGCUUUGGAGUUUUAAUUACAAGUGUAGACCCAGACAUGAACAAAUCAUUUUUAAUUGAUAACUAUUAAAAAAGUGUGAAACUUGCACCAAUAUUUAACUAUAAAAUACUUAAAAAUGGAAUAAUCUUUUCAGAAGGAGAACAGUGGAAGAAAUAGCGCAAAAUGAUAUCAGAUUCCUUCCAUUUCGAUAGUUUAAAAUCGAGGUUUUAAGUUAUUGCAUAAGUAACUAAAGAAACAAUUGACAGUCUCAGCAAAUAUGUAGGAAAGGAUUACUUCCCUUUAUUUGAUGAAAUGAUGAAGCAUUCAGGCGAAAUAGGUAUUAGGGUUUUCUUUGGACCAGAUUUUGGUGAUCACCAAAUAGAUGGUAAGAAUAUAUCUGAAGAGCUUAAGGAGAUUGUAGAUCAGACUAUUGUUUACAGCUAUACUUCUAUUUUCUUCUAAUUAAAGAGAAUCUUUUUGGGAGAUGAAUUGGCAAUGAAGUUUUUAACUGCGAAAGAAAAGAAACUUUUGUCUAGGAGUGAUAGGAUAAAUUAAAUUGCUAUGGAAUAAAUAGAAAAAAAAAUAAAAUACUAUGAAGGUUAACCUAGUGUACAAUCAGACUACCUUAUAGAUGUAUUAGUGAGAAAUUAUCUCACAAAAUAAGACCCAAAUCUAACAAAAGAAUAAAUAUGCUAAUAGUGCAUAACUAUGUUUAUUGCAGCUUUAGACAACACUGGAUGCAUAAUAGCUUGGAUAAUUUUUUGUUUGGCUAACUAUAAAGAAGAAGGAGAUAAAGUAAGAUAAGAAAUCAACUCCGUCUUUCCAACAUAGGAGACCUUGGAUAACAUCUAAUUUGAUGAUUUAAAAAAUCUUAAUUAUACUUCAGCAUUUAUUGAUGAAUGUUUCAGGCACUAUACAAGUUCUAUGGGCGUUUUUCUCCGUAGAGUAGUUGAACCCUUUAAGUCUGGAAACUUUGAAAUAUAAAAAGGAGAUAUUAUUUAAAGUUUAUGGCAUCCUACCUAAUUUAAUCCUGACUGGUUUGAAAAUCCUGAUAAAUUUGAUGUGAAUAGAUUCUUAAAUGGAAAAGAAAAGUAAGGAAACUCGUAUGCCUUUACUCCCUUCUCUAUUGGACCUAGAAACUGUAUUGGAAAAUAAAUGAGUUUAGUUGAAGUAAAAGUAUCUUUAAUUUACUUUGUUAAAAAAUUCAAUUGCAUUCGCAAUUCAGUUCCACUUAAAACCACAGCUUCUAUUGUGUAUAAACCUGUAGAUUAAAAUCUAAUUAAAAUAUCUUUUUGCUUAUGAAUAUAUUGAAAAAUUUAAUUUAAAUAAAUGAGGCAUAAAUAUAUUUCUCAAUAUAAUUUAAUU